UUCCAUCAACAUGAGCUCAUGCUUGACUGCAGAAGGCUCUCCCGGGACUCUUCUUGAGCCAUUUCCACCUCUCAACUAUGAAAGGAACAGAAGCUGUCGAAGCCCAGCAGGAUCCUCCCAGAAACGACCAAUUUUGAUCCUGAUAUUCCUGGCUCUCCAGCUGGAGGACUGCUGUGCCUCCUCCUCGCACUCCCUCUAUUACUCCUACACCUUUGUUUCAAAGCCCAGCCAAGGGCUGCCCCAGUUUAGCAUCCUGGAGUCUGUGGAUGGGCAGCCCAUCGCUCACUAUGACAGCAACACGAAAGAGUAUCUCUCUCUAGUGCCUUGGAUGGAGAAGGUGAAGAAAGAGGAGCCGCUUUGGGAGGAAUACACUGGAAUAGCAAAGAAGGCAGAACAGGACUUUGGGAGAAACCUGGUAACCUUACAGAAGUACUACAACCACAGUGAGGGAUUUCACACCUUGCAGUGGAGGUAUGGUUGUAAACUGAGUCAUGAUCAGCUACGAGGAGGUUCUGACCAGGACAGUUAUGAUGGGAGGACUUUUAUCAGCUUUGACAAGGAGACACUCAGCUGGAUAGCAUCUGAUACGGCAGCUCAACUGUCCAAGAGGAAAUUGGAAGGGAAACCAUCAGUUGCCAAGCACAUAAAAUACUACUUGGAGGAAACUUGCAUUGAAAUGCUGAGGAGACGCAUCACAUAUGGGAAGGAAGUUCUGCUGAGAAAAGAGCCCCCAUCAGUGACAGUCACAAGUAAGACAGAGGCCAGCCAAAGAGAAACCCACAUCUGCCGAGUGGAUGGUUUCUUUCCCAAGGAUAUCAAAGCAACCUGGAGGAAGGAUGGAAAAAUCUAUCUGAAGGACACUUUGCAUGGAUUAGUUGCCCCCAGUUCAGAUGGAACAUAUCACUUCUGGCUCAGCAUUACGAUUAAUCCUGGUGAACGGAAUCACUUCCAGUGUCAUGUAGAGCAUGACAGCCUGAAGAGUCCUCUGAAGGUGGUUUUGAUGGUGCCUGGUGAGUAUUUUGGAAAGAUAGAAAGCUGGAAAGGCAGAGGAUUUCUCACCAAAUAGGAAGAAACAGUAGUCCAGAGACCUUUAGCUGUGUUGCAGUCUCAUUGAUAGCUCCAGGCAAAAUCUGAGUCUUAGUGGAUAGCUGCUAAGUUUGACUUUGUUUUGCGCAGCACUGUUUCCAUUCCAUAAUAUCCCUCCCACCUUCAAGAUCCUAAAACUAAUGUUGUAGUCAAAGACCCAAGCUAGGGGCUGCCUUUCCAUCUCUUAUCUGUGUUUGCUGUGCAAUAAUUUUGUCCUUAGGUAAAUUUAAUUUUAGGUUAAGGUAAAUCUUUAGGAAGAUAGUAUUACCUCCAAGCUGAAACA